CGCGCGCAGCGUAACUGUGCGCUCGUCUGUCGCGUCUGUGAUCGUCGCCGAAUAUUACUGUGUUUUAGACUAUGUGUACUGAGUGAAUCACAGAUAACAUGAUGUGGGCGUGGUUAGUGCUGGCGCUGUUGGCUGCUGCCACCGCUGAUGAGGCACAGGAUCCUGAAGGACUGAUGGAUGUCGCUGCAGAAACGGUUCCCAGCGCAGAUUACUCCGUGUACGUGGGGAGAUGGACGGAGUGCUCACCGCUUGGGGAGGGGGAACAUGCCACCAGAUCUUUACUGAGAUUCAACGUGCACGCCGAGGCGGAUUCCCUGGUGCACUCGCCGAGGCUGGGGCUGCAGCGGCGGCAGGUGCAAUGCCGGAAAAAGGAUGGACAGUUUGUGGAGAACAUGUAUUGCGGCUCAGCCCUAGCGCGCGUCGGGACCUCCCGCGUCUGUAUAUUACGAGAAGACUGCUCCCUAGCUGAAUGGAUGCCGUGGAGGCCGCGGACGGACGGUGCGCUGGUACGGACGAGGCGCGUUCGGAGGUUACCACAUGGCAACGGCAAGGAAUGUGACGUAGUAGAAGAGGUCCGACCAGCAGCUCUGGAAGCGACAGCCCACUGGACCCCUGGACCAUGGGGCGACUGCAAAGUGGCCAUUGAGAUGACUGUUACGCCUAAACCUGCCAACGACGACGACAACGACGAAGCAGACGACGAUGCAAUUUACGACGAUGAUGAGGCGGACGACCUGGACGAUCGCGACACAAGUCCUGCGAGUUGUGGUGGUGGCGUACAGAGGAGAGAAGCUACGUGUGUGAGGGCGGAUGGAAAGACGCUGCAUCCUGUCCAGUGUGCUCAUGCGCCGAUGCCUACGCUUGUGCAACCCUGUGAGGUCCCUUGCCCUCGAGACUGCGAAGUAGGAGAAUGGAGCGAAUGGGAAGCCUGCCAACCGACUGACAAGUGCCCCUUGAAUCCGGUGCAGCAGCUAACCAGCAGUGGUUACAGCGUCCGUCGCCGCCGCGUAACCGCAGCCGCGUCCGGCGGCGGCGCCCCCUGCCCGCCUCUAGAAGAGAAGAGAACUUGCGCUGCGCCGCGCUGUGCAGCAUGGAAACCUCUGCCGUGGGGCUCCUGUGUACUGAACCAACCGCACACUACUUGUGGCCCUGGACGGAGGAGCCGAGAACUGAGAUGCGUUGGACAUAAUGGGAAGGAGGCCCCUCGCGCGUGGUGCAGCGACACGGGCGCGCCGGGGCGCACGGAGCGCUGCCGCAUCGCGUGCGCCGGGGACUGCGUGGUGUCCGCGUGGGGCGCCUGGGGCCCGUGCAGCGCGCCCUGCGCCGCCGCCGCGCGCCCGCCGCCCACCCGCACCCGGGCGCGGCACAUACUGGCCCACGCCUCGCCAGAUGGCUGGCCCUGUCCAACCGAAGACCAGUUAGUCCAACAUGAAACCUGCAACACACACGCCUGUGCCACGUACUCUUGGCUCGCCACACCCUGGGGGCCCUGCGAGCGCCGCCAGGACUACAUGCCCGUCUCCAACUACACCGAUUUGUUGGACGGAGAAACAUUUAACGAUAGCGACGAUGAAGAGCCUUGCGUUGAAGAAGGAGAAAUGACCAGAGACGUUAUGUGCGUGCAGAACAACGCAGACGUUGUCCGCGAGGCUUUAUGUGCCCCUCUCCGUCGGCCAGCUUCGCACCGUGCCUGCACAGUGCGGUGUCGACGAGGCUGCCGUGUCGAAGCCUGGAUGCCGUGGUCUUCUUGCCCUAAUACAUGUGAUCCCGGCAAGCAGAUCCGUGUGCGCGUAGUGCACGGCGGACCGAGCUGCGGUCCUUCACAGGAGUCACGUGCGUGUCCCGUGGCGCGCUCGUGUCGUGCGCGUGACGCGGCCUGGGUCGCCGGCGAGUGGAGCACUUGUCGGUUACCACCUGGCGAGCGAGCCGGCAUCGGGCAUAGAGUCAGAAGUAUUUGGUGCGGCUCCGCCUCUCACCGCGUAAAUGCCGGCGCGUGUGCCGGUCAACUAGUGCCCCAGAGUGUCGCAGCUUGUCGCGUGCCUUACGACACUGUUGUCGCCACAGUUACCUGUGAGCACGUCUGCGCUGAGCCACUAAAAUACUUGGAUGCAUCUGACCCAGACAUCCCCACUUGCACCUGCAAGAACGUGUCUCUGGAACUCCUGCCGAGUGACUCUGACUGCAUUCUUCCUACCGGCAUUGAGUGUGGGGAAGGGAGAGCACUAAGAGCCGCACGCUGCAUGUUCGGCGGACGAGAUGUGCCCAUGGAUGUGUGCAAGAAGUUCCACCCUCUUACUGGACCGCGUCGAGUCCGCGAAGCAUCGACCGACGGCUACACGUACGACGAGGAGUUCCCGUCGCUGCUGCGUGGCGCGUGCAGCGUGCGCUGCGCGCGCGACUGCGGCGCUGGCGCCUGGGGCGAGUGGGGCCCGUGCGCCGCCGAACCCGGCUCCCGCGCCGCCUUCCGCUACCGGACCAGGGAAGUGCUAGAAGAAGGCUCGGCGGGCGGUCGUGAAUGCGGCGCGACUCUCCAACGAGCUACCUGCGCCGUCUCCGAACCGCGCUGGGUGCUCGGCGAGUGGUCCGUUUGCACCCCGCGCCGUGUUCUCUGCGGCCGCGCCAUCAUCAACCGCACCGUUGCAUGUGAAGACGGCGAAGGCAACGUCCUCGAGGAUCCAGCCUGUGAAGCAGCAGGUGCAGGCGGAGCGCCAUCUCGAGACGCGACUUGUCGCGCGCCCUGCCCUGGGGACUGCGUUGUCAGCGCCUGGUCUGACUGGAGCCCUUGUGAACAGACUAAAUGGGGUGGUAGACGCGACAGAACACGGGUGGUACUACGUCCAGCAGCGGAAGGUGGAGCUGCAUGCCCGCCACUCGUCAGCGCUGAGCCCUGUUCUCCGCACUCCUACUCCUGGCACGUGGCGCCCUGGGAUGACUGUCAGCCUCUAGGUGGCUCACCAUGUGGUGAAGGAACGAAGAGACGAUCCGUCCGCUGCCUGCGAAGUGAUGGUGUCUUUGUCAACGACACUUUCUGUCCCAACACGACAUCAACGGAAGCGAGUGAGUCUUGGUGCUAUGUGCCAUGCGGAGUGGACUGCGAAUUAAGUGAGUGGAGUGCUUGGGACGCCUCCGCUUGCUCCUGUGGAGACGCGUCCUCUGCACGACAUAUGAGACGCAUCAGACAGCGCCUGACGUCGGCGGUGUGGCCGGGGCGCGCGUGCCCGGCCAGCGAGCAGCGCGCGCCGUGCCCGCGCGAGCCGUGCCUGCGCCUGCUGGCGCGCCCCGUGCUCGGCUGCCACGUGCAGACAUCAUUAGGUCAAGAAGCCGACGGUGCCUGCGGCUGGGGCGUGAAGAUCUCCCGUGUACGCUGCGAGCUGGCGGGCGCCGGCGACGACGGCUCCGACGCGUUUCUGGAGCCCUGGCGCUGCGCCCCCGCGCUGCCAGGCCGCAUCGUGGCGCCGCCGCUGCACUAUCAGGAGGAGUCAUGUGAGGUGGAGUGCGGCUGCAAGGAGUCCUCGGCCGGGCAGCCGGGCCCGUGGGGCGCGUGGGGCGCGUGCCGCGGCGGCGCCCGCAGCCGCUCGCGGCAGCUGCUCGUGCCGCCGCGCGAGGCCUGCCGCACGCCCGCCAGAUACGUGACAAUCGAGUGGGCGAACUGCACCGUAGGCGAGGAGACUGACCUGCUGGUAUACGAGCCGCGCGACGAGACGCCGCGCCGCGCCUGGCUCGACACCGACUACCACGACGGUUAUAUUGAGGGCAGCAGUUCCCUGCUGGCAGUGGUGUGGACCGCCACCAUUGUGCUCAGUGUGUACGGAGCGUUCAUGCUGUACCGCGGACUGAUCAGAUGUCUUCGGAGCCGAAAGCUGAAGACCAUCACCAAGGUGUAAGCCAACAGGGACUUACUUUGAGACUCGUCACCCUGAGCGCAAGCCAGGCCCUUCACUCUGGACCUCACCUGGUCCUUUUUGUUGUCUGUUUACCCCUUAUGUUAUCAACGUGUCUGUUAAAUGUUAAGUUUACUUUCAGCUUACCAAAGAUUACGUUAAACGUUUGUGAUACGUUGCUCUCUUCCUUGUUAAUGUAUUGCGAAUAAGGGAUUCCGUAACUCCAUAUCAUCUACGAUAUGCUACAUUUACAGUGUAUUGACAGUAUGUAAUUAGUAUUAUUGAUAUAUCAACUAUAGCCAGCAACAGUCUGUCCGCAGGAGUGCUUCCAUUAUACGACGUAUGCUAAUUUAGACGGUUUUGAUAACUUUUCCAAGCAAACGAUCACCGAGUGACGGCCUUCGGGCUUCUGGAUUGACAAUAUGUAUUCGUGUAGUGGUCGUAGCCACUUAGCGUGGGCUCCGCCCGAUGUCCCUCGUCCUUAAGAAUUGUUUUUAAUGGCAGCGAAUAGCGGAUCAUACAAUCACCGUGGUUUGUUCAAAGUUAUUAGUGUUGCUUAAGACUAGAGUCCUUUGAGUCAUCUGCUUUAUGACUCGACUGUGUUUUUCAGACUUGUGUAAUUAAGACAAAACUCGAGUUCAUUUCAACUUGUUAGAGUCGGGAGUCUUUUGUAGAGAAGGAGUCUUGAGUCCUUCUCGGAGAACACUCUUUUUUACAAUCUAAAAUUCAUCUAAAAUUCUAAAAUUCGCGUGUUGGGUACACCAUUCAAUAAUGCUUAAUUUCUUUACUGCGAUUAGUAUUUAUAUAAACCAUACCCAUACAUUUUUGACGGCUCAAUAAAAGACUCGACUCGGAAGUUUUUUUUUAUCGCAGAGCCUCGUUAAAACGAGUCAAGUUCUUUGAAUGUAGACUAUGUCCUACCAACACUAGAAGUAAUAUGUACUGAUGCUGUUUUAGAUAGGAAAGUAAACCAUGUGGUCAAAAUACCGUGUGGAAAAUUGGAAAACACGAUGGCGUGUGUAAUCCGCUAAACGCUGGGCGUAGAAGUCUAGCGUAAGCGCAGGAGAUUUGAUUAGAUUGUCCUAGAGACCAAGUAAGACGUGACACAUCAUUCCACAUAUCAGCUAAAUUUAUAAAGUCGUAUCGUCUUCUGUACCGACUGAUAGGUCACGGGAUUAUUGCCCGCUCGCAGAAGACCAACAAAUGCUUCUGAUAUCAUUGCGUAGAGCUUUGGCGCACAAAUACCUAACUAAUUUAUGAAUAGAUUAAGUACCUAUAUUAAUCAUAAUAACCUGAUCAUACAGUUUCAAGAUAAUAAUCGUGUAUAACACUUUUUUGUAGAUUUUGCAUUUAAACCCAUGUAUUGUGACGGGUAUUUAUAAUGUGAGUGUGUUCUCGAAUUCCUUCAACCUUUCCGUUCUUCGGUCUUCGUCUGUCUAAAGGAAUCUUUAUGUAUAUCAAAAUGUCUUUAUUUUCGGAUACGCAUAAGUUAUUAUAAAUGUCUACUAUAAAAUCGUUAUUGCUUACGGCAAAUUGUUCGCCUCAUCUCGUUCCUUUACGACAAUAUUGAAAUAACUUAUUUUUAUAAAGCAACAUUUGUUUGAGAGAUUCGCUACUAUGUCUACUUUUCUAUUCUUGUCACUAUACUAUAGUUUCCGCCCUUGAACUGUGACUCUUGUACCGUAUUGUAACCAUGUAUAUCAUUAGGUAUGUACCGACGCCAUACAACAUAUUGAUGUGAAACAUGAUAGUUAAGGGAUCGUGUUAGACAAUACAAUAUUUGAUAUUUAAUAAAAUUUGAUUGUGUUUUGAUAAA